AUGAAGUUUAACCUAGUCAAUGCUGGCUUGUUCCUCGUCGCAGCUGUUCAAGCAGCUGUCGACUCUUCAUUGACAGUUCGCACUGAAACCGGUAUUUAUACUGGACUCCGAAAUGAACAAUUUAGUGGAGUGAGAGAGUUCCGUAACAUUCCAUUUGCUCAACCACCUGUUGCAAACCUGCGAUUCCAACCUCCCCAACGUCUACCACCAUCCACCCAGCACCACUACUCUACUCGCUUCCCUCCAUCAUGCCCACAAUUUGUAUCCAGUACAAAGAGCUUCUGGAACCUCUUCAUUCCUUACCUUCUGGUCGACAAUGGAAACCAAAACCACCACAGUGAUCUGAGCCUGCAGACUAGCUCAGAAGACUGUCUCAGUCUUGCUAUCUGGACCCCAUACAAUGUUUCCUCUGAUGCCAAGCUUCCUGUCAUCUUCUUCAUGACUGGCGGUGGUUUCGAAACUGGUGGAAUCCAGAUUGCUGGACAGAUUCCAGCUCCUUGGGUGAACCGUACAGGCGAGCACAUCGUGGUGACCAUCAACUACCGAGUCAACAUCUUCGGAUUCCCCAAUGCUGCGGGACUGACCAACCAAAACCCUGCUAUCCUGGAUCAACGCAUGGCUCUCGAGUGGGUGCGGGAUAACAUCGCCGAGUUCGGUGGUAACCCAGAAGCAAUUACCAUGUGGGGACAAUCCGCUGGUUCGCAAAGCACUGAUUACCACAACUAUGCUUUCUGGGAUAACCCCAUCGUCACGGGUAGUUUCUCUCAGUCCGGAACCGCACUGAAGGCUCUUGCUUCUUCUGAUUUCUCCCACUCCAACUUCACAUUCGUUGCUAAGAAUGUGGGCUGUGACUUCCCAAACAACCCUACCGCCGAGCUGGAGUGCAUGCAGCAGGUUCCCAUGGCCAUGAUUGAGAACUUCGUCGGCCAGUACGACGGCGAUGCUACACUUAGCUUCGGUCCCAUCGCCGAUGAUAACCUGAUUUUCUCGGAUUAUCCUGCUCGUGCCGCAGAGGGCAAGAUCUCUCCUCGUCCUGCGAUCUUCUCCGAUGUUGCAAACAACGAUGCCAGUCUCGUUGAAUGGCCCGUUUCCAAUGCAUCCGCCGGUCCUUGGCAACCUGCUGUUAACGCUGCUACACUUUCCGGCUGGGUUUGUCCUACCGCAAAUACCAGCAGAAUUCGUGAAGCUGCCGGUGUUACUACAUACAGAUACCAGUAUGCUGGUAACUGGAGUAAUGAGGAUCCUUACAGUUGGAUGGGAGCGUACCAUUCCUCGGAUUUGAUGAUGAACUUUGGUACAUGGUUCUACAAUAUUACCAAUGCUACUGCUGGCCCAUCUGCUCGUGAGAUUCAGACUAGUCACACGAUGCAGGAUCAUAUUCUGGCUUUCAUGAAGGAUCCUGUUAAUGGCCCUCCUGCUAUUGGUUGGAGUCCGUAUACCUAUGGUAGCAAUGUUCUGCGCUUUGGAGCAAAUGGUAUCCCUGUGCAAAAUGCCAGUGGGUAUGCAAUUGAUGGUCCUUGCUAUGGCAAUGGAACUUAUAAUCCGUUCCCUUGA